CACACAGAGAGAGAAAAAGGCAGAGAGUCUGUCAGAAAGCUGCAGCUGGUUCAUGAUCUCACUCCUUCAGCCGCUCAUUGCCUCCCUGCCUGCUCCUCUCCGGACGUUUGGAUUCCAACGCUUGAAUCUUCUGAGGAGUAAAUUUGAAUUAAAAUUUUCUGCCUGUGAGGAUUUUUCACCAGAGGAAAUUUGUGGAUAUCCUGAUUUUCUUUUUUUCCAAUCCGAACCACCUGGAGUCCACCUGUAGAUUUUUAUUUUUAUUAUUUAAUCUACGGUGGGGGGGUUUCAGGGUUUUACCCUCUGACUGUCUACAUUUGUGUGGCUUUUUGUCUGGAUGCCCCAGGAUUAUCCACAGACUGCAGUUCCUACUCGGGCCUGCAGGGCGGCAGCAGAGAGCAACGGCCAGCCGCUGGACAGGCAGACCGUCGGCAUGAGCGACUUCUGGCACAAGAUGGGCUGCUGCGUUGUAGCCAAGCCUCCUCCGAAGAAGAACAGGAGGAAGAUCGACCGUAGCAUGAUCGGCGCGCCGACAAACUUCAUCCACCUAACGCACAUCGGCUCCGGGGAGAUGGGAGACGGCCUGCAGCCGUCAGGGUCUGUUCAGGAGCAGAUGAGGUCUAAAGGCCCCAACAUGAACUGCAGGAACAGCCUGUUAUAGCCGGAUUGUAUUAAGUUGACUCAAACCAGCUGACUGACCUCCUCCGCACUCUGAACCUCUGAGCCUGUCCUCCAUCAUCCAGCUAACGGCUUCAUCCCAUCCUGCUGCCCUGCUGAAGUGUCACUGAUCAACAGUGGAACCCUUCUGACCUACAUUUUAAAUUCAUUGAGCAAAUGUAAUAAUCAUAAUAAUGUUUUUUGUUUCUUUCUUUUACCCUGGUCAGGUCUGAAAGUUUGUAGCCAAACAUGAAUUAUACAAAUGUUAUUUUUGGGGGGUAGAUUUGACACCAGGUCUCUCAUCAGCAUUAAAUUAGACUUUACUGUUAUUGUAUGAUCAAACAAAUCAAAUCAGGAAUAUAAGAACAACAUUUAACUGCUGGUGUUUCUAAAUUUUCAAGAUAUUUUAUUCUGCUGAACUCUUACACUGCAAAAACACAAAAACGACCAAAGUAGUUUCUAGUUCAAAUAUCUUAGUACACUUAAAAUAAGACAACACUAACUUUCAAGUAACUUUUCUUUAACUCUUUAAAAUUGGUUUCGUUGGCAGAUUAUUUCAUUUUUACCUAGGGGGAAAAAGUAAUGUUAGAAGUGAAAUAAUCAGUGGAACUAGAACUUGGUUGCUAGGUGACGGGCUUAGCUGACUGGCGUUGCUAGGUAACAGCUCAGGGCCUGUUGAUGGUGGAUCUAGUACUUUUCCAUCAAUAUUAAGAAAGUAUUGACAUAAAAUAAGCUCCCACAUCAUCCUGAAAAGUUAAUUAUAAGUUAGUUUGCUGCAUUUCAAAUGUACUAAGACAUCAGUAGAACAACAACACUUGGUAAGAUUUUGUGUUUUUGCAGUGUAUUAUUCAGCACCUGGUGUUCUGUCUACUGUUCUCCAAUGUUAAACGUCUGGUGACAUCAUUGGACUUCAUUUCCCAGAAUCCUUCAGGUUGGUCAUCACCAUCUGGGUGCUCAGUGACGACAGACUCUUGUUUUAAGGAGACAGGAAAGUCCCUUUUUUUUUUGCUACACUGGACUGCAGUGUGUGUGUGUGUGUGUGUUUGGGGGGGGGAUGUACGUGUGUGUGUGUGUUUUUAAUAUCUGAACAUUGUGGGGAACUUCAGUCAUUUUAUUUGUGGACAUUUAUGGUAAGCCUCUGUUUUUAGAGAAACACAUUUGAGGUCAUGGGACUGCAUGAUGUCAGCAGUGGCCUAUAAAAAGGUAGAAAAGAAGCGCAGACAUGUGAAUGUGUGUGUCAUAGUGUUCCCAGUUUAGUAUAAACAACCCACAUGUCUGCAAGUUCUCUUUUAAUAUUAUUUUACUCUAAAAAAGAAAUGUUCGACCCAUUCCAGUGUUGGCUUGGGACGAGAAAAAUGUUUUUCGGCCAUCACUGUUUAAGAUAUUUCUAGUAUUUUAAGACAUUUCAUGCUGCACCUGGUAGCGGAUGUAGAGUUUAACUGUUUUUUGUUGUGAGUGCUUGACUUAAAAGAAAAUCUGUGUUAUUUGUAAUUUUAUGCUGUUUUGGGGGAUUUAAUGUGUGAUAUUUGUUGAAUUUAUAUUGCUCGUUUCUCUGGUAUCUCACCCCAUCCUUAUUAUCUUAUUUUGCUUAUUUAGAUUUUUGUUUUAGAUUUUAGGCUUUUAAGUUUUUAUGUGUCAAAAUUUCUGUAUUUCCUGUCUUGAGCAAAGUUUUAAACACUUUGAGAUAUUGUGAAACUGAAACUAUUUUGAGACACUUUGAGCUACAAUAUUUACUUCAGAUGAUUUUUUUUUAAAGGAAAUAUAUUAAAUUUGUUCAGGUUUUAUGCAUUUUGGUUAAUCAGAUAGAUUAAUUACAGCACUUUGUAAGAAUAAAAUCUUGUGCAGUGCCAAAUAAAACUGUACAGUCCCUUUGAAACAAGUAUUUUUUAAUAAUUGAAAAACAUUUAUGUAAAUAUUUUAUACUUUUAUAUUUUGUACCUACAUCAAGGUCCAAACGUGUCAACAGUUCAUUAAAACACCAUAAAGACACAGAGAAGAAGAAUAAAACAAUAUGUAUAUGUUUACUGAA